AUGCCCGUCUUGCUGGCUGUGCCGUUCCUCUUGCUGCGCGGGUAUCCUGCCUUUCCUCAUCGACUGAACCUUUUCUACUUGGCCAAUGACGUCAUACAGAACUGCAAGAGAAAAAACGCAAUUGUCUUUCGUGAUACGUUUGCAGAAGUGCUCCCCGAAGCUGCUUCGUUAGUGAAGGAUCCAUCCGUUUCCAAAUCUAUCGAAAGAAUCUUCAAAAUCUGGGAGGACAGAAACGUGUACCCCGAGGAAACCAUUUUGGCACUGAAAGAAGCUCUGAGUACCACUUUCAAAACUCAGAAGCAGCUGAAAGAAACUCUGAACAAACAACCGAAUAAGCCGUGGAAGAAAUCGCAAACAUCCACGAACCCGAAAGCAGCUUUGAAGUCCAAGAUUGUUGCCGAAUUCAGGCCCCAGUCUCUCAUCGAUGAGCUGCUGUUAUACAAGCGCUCGGAAGACCAGAUAGAACUGAAAGAGAAGCAGCUUUCCACGAUGAGAGUGGAUGUGUGCAGCACUGAAACACUGAAAUGCUUGAAAGACAAAACGGGAGGAAAGAAGUUCUCCAAGGAGUUUGAGGAAGCAAGUUCAAAGCUGGAAGAGUUUGUUAACGGCUUAGACAAGCAAGUGAAAAAUGGCCCCUCCCUCACCGAAGCCCUGGAGAACGCCGGUAUAUUUUAUGAAGCGCAGUAUAAGGAAGUCAAGGUGGUAGCAAAUGCUUAUAAAACAUUUGCUAAUCGGGUGAGCAAUCUAAAGAAAAAGUUAGACCAGUUGAAAGCCACGCUUCCUGAUCCGGAGGAGUCCCCUGUCCCUUCUCCGAGCAUGGACGCCCCGUCUCCAACAGGCUCCGAGUCCCCUUUCCAGGGGAUGGGGGAGGAGGACAGCUCCCGGUCGCCGGUGGUCGGAAGCCGCAAGGCGAUAACUCCGGAGCCUGUGACGGAUAAUCGGGAUGUGGAAGACAUGGAGCUCUCCGAUGUGGAGGACGAUACGUCUAAAAUUAUUGCUAAGGCGGUGAGCGUGGCAGCGCCCGUCCCUCCGUCGCCAGCGCUUGCGUUGCCCAACCUGGCCAACGUGGACCUGGCGAAGAUCAGCUCCAUUCUUAGCAGUUUAACUUCUGUCAUGAAGAACACAGGUGUCAGUCCCGCCUCGAGACCUUCUCCGGGCACCCCGACGAGCCCAACAGCACUUACAAGUGGCCUGAAGACUCCUGUCCUGGGGGCUCCAGCUGCUCCUUCAAAUCCGUUAGCAAAUAUUCUCUCCAAAGUGGAAAUAACUCCGGAAAGUAUUUUGUCUGCUCUCUCCAAAACCCAGACUCAGACCGCACCAGCAUUGCAAGGUUUGUCGUCCUUACUUCAGAGCGUUGCUGGAAAUACCGUUCCGUCGAGCGAAACUGCGUCGCAGAGCACUUCGGCAUCGCCGGCCAACACGACCGUUCCUGGCGUGAAGGGGAGGACCGCUCCCUCCAGUACUCAGUCCUUUAUAUCCAAGAGCUUUGGGUAUUCCCCGAACUCGUCCGCUGCCGAGGUUUCCUCGACGUCAGUUACCAAGGCUCCCGUUGGACACACCCCAGGGCUGUCGAGCUCCACUUUUAAGCCGCCAGCCAACUCCCUGGGAUUUCCGAGUUCCCACCCUACCAGUCCUUCUUCCCUUGUGCCGACAGAAACCUCCCUGGGCCAAUCCUCUGAAAUUUCAAAAGCGAAGCUGGAGUCGGAACCCCCUUCUCCCAGCCUGGAGAUGAAGAUACACAAUUUCUUGAAGGGAAAUCCCGGCUUCAGCGGUCUGAACUUGAAUAUUCCGAUUCUCAGCAGCUUAGGGUCCAGCAUCGCAACGGAAAGCCACGCGUCUGACUUCCAGCGGGGUCCCACCAGCACUUCCAUGGACAAUGUGGACGGAACGCCGGUGCGCGAUGAGCGGAGCGGGACGCCCACCCAGGACGAGAUGAUGGACAAGCCGACGUCAAGCAACGUCGACACCAUCUCCCUGCUGUCCAAAAUCAUGAGCCCCGGUUCUUCGACUCCCAGCAGCACGAGGUCACCUCUGCAGAGCCGGGAUGACGGAUAUUCCCAAGAGCUUUCCAAUUCCGUGCACACCUACCGGCCCUUCGGCCUCGGCAGAGAUUCUCCGGCCGGCCUGUACAAGCC